CAUAAUACCAUAUUUUACUCGGGUUAUGGCCCAGCACAUUUUACCCACUUUGAAACUCAGCAGUGCUCUGAUCACCCUGCUCUUUCAAUUCGAAAGCUUUAUGUACUAUUCUUUAUUGCCUCAAGAAAAGGCUCAUAAAUUCGCCGAAAACCACCCCCCUUACAAGCUAAUUGGAGAUGGCAAUCAAGACAGCUGUCAUCGAGAAGCAAGACAUAAUGUCCUCAAAGGAAAUGUAUCGUAUCGAUGGACAAAUAUUCGAACAAUGGCAGAAAGCAGUUGAGAGAUUUCAAAGAUCAAAUGUUCUUACAGGUCAGCAAAAGGAAAAUGCAGACCGUUUAUCCAAGCCGAAUAUUGAAUCCUGGCUUUCGGACUUCAAGGAGAGCAGACACCGAGACACUAGAUUUAGGAACGUCUGCAAGGCUGUUAGCCAACAUUUCUACAUCAUACAAAAUGGAUUCAGAGUCAUCGGAUUUGGCGGCAGUAUAGCUUCCUCCGUCAGUAUCUCAGUAAUAUAUGUUGAUCGGUUGUCGCUAAUAUGCGAAAAUUAUAGAUCUGCCCUGCAGCUUUGCCCGUGUCUCUUGUGAUGAACGCAUUUGCCUUUCUGUUUGGUUCGCUGGUGAAAGUGUCCGAUGACUUCGAAAAAAUUGAGCUUUUCUUCAGAAAGAUAGCAAAUACCAUUCGCCAUCUUCAAAACUUGAACGGAAAACUACAUCUGCCUGAAAUGCAGCCAUUGCAGGAAUAUAUCGUUGAAGUUUUUGUCUGCUCACUGGAAAUAUGCAGAAUUGGACUCCAACAGACGGAGAAAAGAUUCAGUAAGCAGAUACAAGGUGAUUACAACAGAUAGAUAUAAAAAUCCAACGAUGGCAUCUAGGGAAAUGGUUAAAAAAGAUGGCAGGAGAUGAUGAGCUAGAUGCCGCCUUUAGCAAAAUGCAGGAAGCCGAACAAGAAUUCAGAAAGGCCAUUGAUGUGGUAGAUUUGGCGAUGGUUGCUGACAUAAAAACAGGUUUUUCGAGAAAAGAGUUUCGGGAAAUACUAAAUUGGAUUUCGUCCGCUGAUGGUUUCAAAGGAAUUCAUACGGAUCUGCUCAAUGUAGUGAAAUAUAAUCCUAAUGCUGGCCGAUGGCUUUUACAAUCUGAGAAAUAUAAGAAGUGGAGGGACGAUGACUGCAACAUGUUGUGGUAUACGGGGGCACGUGAGUUAUACCCACCAGGUGUUCGCUCUGCUCUGUUACUUAUUACUGCAUGUCGAAUUUAGCGGGAGCUGGGAAAAGUGUAAUGGCAUGAAUACCACUUAUGGAUCAUUUCGAAGUUCGAUACCAUGUAUCUAACCAUUUGACAGGUCAAUAAUUAUCAAGGACCUUCUGAACUUGCCUCCUCAGGCUAAUGAACUUUCAAAAAAGCCCGCCAUCGGCUACGUGUUUCUUUCUUACAAGAGACCGUCGGAUUUGGACAUCCUUUUAGGAAUCAUUGUGCGACAGGUACAAUCCACCUGCGACCUUCAUAGAGAGAUCAAGAAAAGAUUCGAUGAGUGUUACGACAGCGGGCAAAAACUUGGGCAAGAAAAGCUUCUGUAUUUCCUAUCCCUGCUCAUUCAAGGGAGGCGCUUGUACAUUGUUGUGGAUGCAAUGGAUGAGUGCCCGUGGGAUCUUCGCAAACCACUUUUGGAUUGCUUGAAGAAGAUCAAGUCGGACAAUGCUGUUGUCAAAAUUUUUAUUACUUCACGAUUCAUGGAGAACAUAAUCGAGUACCAAACGCCCUUCAUUACAGAUGAAAUCAAAGCCAAUCGCAAGGACAUCGAUGGUUACAUAAAAAAUACCAUUAAUGAAUAUCCCAAAUAUUUGGAGGAAUUUCGCGAGUUGAUACACAAGGUUGUACGGGAAAGAUCAAGGGACAUGUGAGCGACGACCCUCCAUAAUGCAACAUCAUGGCUGUGCUGUGUUCUGCUAACGCUUGGAAUUUGGUCAGGUUUAUAAUCGUUCGUCUACACAUGGAGGCUCUUAUCCAUGUACAAGUCAAGGCUCAAGUCAGACCGACCCUCGAAAAACUACCGAUGACUCUAGAUGGCACAUACGAGAGCACCUUUCAACGCAUCCAACAAAAGGAAACGCAAUCCAAAGAUAUCGCUGAAUGGGUUAUCGCAUUGGUUUCAUAUGCCAUCGAUCCACUAUCAAUCCGAGAACUGCGUCACGCCCUGGCAACUAUUAUGACAAUCAAUAAAGACAACUUGUUCGACGAGGAUGAUAUGGUCGAGCAAGAUGAUAUUACCAAUUACUGUUGCGGUCUCAUUGUCAUUGAUAUCGACCGCGACGUCAGAUUCGUCCACAGGUCGGCCCAUGAAUAUUUUGAGAAAAUGAAGACACAUAUAUUUCCCGACUUUGACUAUCAAAUGGCGCUUGCUUGUACAAAGUAUUUGACUCUCUGUGCUACCAGCGACCCAGGCGAUUUUAAAAUUCGGAGAAGAUUCACGGACCAGAUUGAUAAGAGAAAGGAAAUCGAACGACCUAUCACCGAGAAGCUGAAGGAUUUUCCUUUCGCUGUCUACGCUGGGAAGAAUCUUCACUUGCAUAUUCAUCGAGCCAGACACCUGCUAGAGGAAUCAAGCCUUCCGGGAACCAAUAAUAAGCUUAGUGAAUGGAUUCAGCAACUCGUACAUAAAACACCAAGCCGGCAGCUUUACUCUUGCCUUCUGCAUCAGUUCGAGGCCUAUUACAGUAAAUCUGAUGUUUUGGAUGACUACAAUGUAUCUAUAGUCUCAAAUCGAACCACUACGCUGGGCAUUAUACAUAUGGCUGCUUUUCUCGGAAGUAAACGGCUAGUAGAAAAAGCAAUCAAGAGUAUUGACGUCAACGAUAUUGAUUGCCACGGUCAAUCAGCUUUGGUGGUCGCAUUCAAGAACAACCUUGAUGACAUAGCAGAAAUCCUUUUGGAUCAUGGGGCCACCGUGAAUCUUUUAACUAGGAAGGGGCAUGCCCUGCUCUUGUUCGCUGCCGAGAGAAAUUAUUCCAAGGUCGUGGAGAAAAUAGUUGUAAACGUACCCAAUGAUGGAUCCGACGGCCUUCUUAAGAUUUUUGGGCUUGUUCUGAUACUCGUUGGGACCCUUCUCGAGUUAUUAGUGCAGGCCUUAAAUCUUCAAGCUCCUAAAAACAUAGAGCCAGUAAAGCCAGAGACAAGAGACGGCACAAAAAUAAUGUAUGACCACUCUCUGGAUGAUUACAGAAGGCUCCUCUCAUUUGCAUCUCAGGGCCAGUGCGAAGACCUUGACGACCUCUUCGCGGACCUUAAGAUUGACCUGCAGCUCAUUGAGUACGAGGAUUCCUCUUCGGACAAAUCAAAACCCUCUUCGGUUUUCUAUAGAUCAUAUAGGAGCUAUGAGGAUAUGCUUGAUUACAGUAGUGAAGACAGUAGUGAUGAAGACAGAAUUAAGGAUGAAAGCAAUGGAAGUGAAUCUUACAACGAAGACAUGAGCAUAAAAGGUAUCAGCAUAUAUCCUGGAAGCAAGUCCUCCAGCAUUGAGAGCGCACAAUCUGAGAGUGACAAAGACGAAGAUGGCGGUAUUAAUAAACUUGGUAACAUAUUUCAAGAAGACAUCACAGUUAUUCAAGGACUCAAUCAGGUGAGUAAAAACCUCGAGUCUAACAACAGCAUUGAGAUAGACAGUAACAUAAACAAGAAUGCCGUCAAGGCAUUGUUCAUCAAAACUGCAUAUUUCCUCGCCAUAGAACGCGGUCAAUGUGGCGCGCUAAAGAGUCUACUACGAAACACCAUUGACAUCAAUCUAAGAAACUACCAAUACCAGUCACUUCUUCACCGUGCAACUGCAACGAACAAUGAGGAAAUGGUUAGAAUUGUACUCGAAAAAAAGCCAGAAGUGGACUGUCGAGAUGACAAUGGCAGGACAGCCCUCAUGGCUUACGCCGACCUAAAACGCGAAAAAGGUAUGAUCAAAAAAUUUGUACCAACAGUAAUUGCAUACAAUCUAUACUGACAUCCAUGGAUUCCACAGUCUUGCAGAUUCUCUUACAUCAUGGUGCUCGUAUAAAUCUAACGCAUAGACAUGGAUCCUAUGAGCUGUUUGCGGCGGCUCGUUUUGGAGCAAUUGAAGUAGUGCGGUUCUACCUGAAAAACGAAGUAAAUCCGUCCAUCGCGAAUUAUUUCGGGUUGACACCACUUCACGCUGCAGCAGCCAACGGCCACUUGGAGAUUGUACGACAUCUCCUGGAAGCUAAAGCAAACCAUUCUGCCAUUUCAUCUAGCGGUUUGACGCCUCUUAACUGUUCCAAGUCUGGGAUUGACUGGUUUAAUGACCCUGAAAAUCCCGGGAAAAGGCACUACAGCUACGUUAAAAGCCAACAGAAAAAUUUUAGCCCGGAAGACUUGAUCGAGAGAAGAAAUAUGAUUGAGAGUGUCCUGAGAAGAGCUGGUGCUAAAACAUCUGCAGAGUUACUCAGAGAUAUUGGAGAGGACCAGUUCAAGUACGGACUAGGUGGCCAGUAUUCACAUAACUACUAGGGCGAAGAAUAUGCCGAAAACAUCAAGUGUAUCUGAGGGAGUUUGGAAUGGCGAAAUUAAUUCUAUAUAAACUUUUUUUAUGCAUGUUUUUACUUUAAAUGAUUACUAUUAGUCUUUUUACAAUUUAUCUUAAAACUGUUAAAACACAUAGUACAUAGACUAGUAUGAUC